AUGAUGUUUAUGGACAUGCCUACUAUUAUGGAAACUUGGAAAACCAUCGAUGGAAAAAAUUUCUACAAAACUGCAGAUGUUUGUCAGAACUUGGACCUGCCAGAGAUAGAGAAGGAAGUAAAACGGUUAUUGAGAACUGACAAUGAAGCUACUAGCAUUCGUUGGGAAGUGGUUCGUGAAGAAGAUGAGAAGAAAAAUAAUGCUGAUACCAAUCUGUCAUCAUCUAACCUUGAUGAGCAACUAUUUGGAGGAGCAUUAAGUUCAUCUGAUGAUGAGGUGGGACCUACAAUAAACAUUGUGGAUGAAGACGAUGACUCUCGUCUCUCAGUUGAUGACAGCAGAUUCUCUGAAUCUUACCUAAAUGAGGCUGGAAACAGUCCUCCAAGUAGCAGCAAGGCCUCUGCUUCCACUCCACUUGUCACAGAUUUCUCUGGCAUGUUCCGUAAUGAGGGGGAUUCUUCUUUCUCUUCAAAGCCUCAGACUCCUUCACCCUCAAAGAUCACCACCACCAGUAAAGAUAAGUUGUAUGCUCGUUUGUCGACUUUGGAAAAUGACCUAACAAUGCUGACGACACAACGUGCUGCUCAAGAGGCAGAAAUUGCUAAUAUUGAAAACUUGGCACUUAAACAGCGCUUUUUGUCCAAGCUGGCUGACACUGAGUCACGUAUUAGAGAGAAGGAAUAUGAGAUUGAUGAAGUGCGGAGUCAGUUGCAAGAUUAGUUGCAUAGCAGUAUUGUAUUGCUGACCAAGUCAUCUGAUACUGAAGUACUGUACACCAUAGAAAUUUACUUAAUUUCAGAAUGCAGUAUUUGCUCAUGCCAAGGAACAGACCUUAAACUUUAUAAAUGUAAUGAUUUUACAAAUUUAACUUUAUGUAAUAAUUUAGUAUUGUAAAGUUUUAAUUUUAAGUGAAUAAUGUAAUAGCUAGAUGUAUCAUUUAAGUCGGGUCGGCAGCCUACGGCCCAUGGGCCAGAUCCAGCCCAUAACCUGAAAUACCUGCAGUCCCUAAGAGAAAUAAUAUAUCAACCAGGUCCACAGGCUUUUUUUUUUCUUUUCAGCUGUGGCAGGAAGUGACUGUCUAUUUGUUUUUGUAUCAAGUGGUGUAACAAGCCUGUAUAUGUGUUUUUAAUUUUUAAACAUAGAAAUGCCCAAAACAAAAGACAUUAAAAAAAAACAUUUAGCGUACCAAUAUAUUCACUAAACAUAAUAUUGCUUAAUUAAAUAUAUAUGUCAAAGUUUA